GUGAUCGCGGGUGAGAGUGAUCAUAGCCAAAAAAAAAAAAAAUGGAUGACGAAUUGCUGGAAUUGCAAAGACAGUUCGAGAGCACACAGCAAGCGAAAUUGAGCAUCCUAUUAUCAGUGCGAAACGUCAUCGAAUUGGUCCAAAAACUUCACGAGCUCCACAUCAUCGAUUUCGAUCUUCUCCACACCAUCUCUGGCAAAGAAUACAUCACUCCUGAGCAACUGAGGCAUGAAAUGGUGGUGGAGAUCAAGAAAUUAGGGCGUGUUUCUCUGAUUGAUCUUGUGGACACUACGGGUGUUGAUUUGUAUUACGUUGAGAGUCAAGCUCAACAUGUUGUUUCUGAUGAUCCGGGGCUUAUGUUAUUUCAAGGAGAGAUAAUAUCACGAUCUUAUUGGGACUCUAUGGCUGAAGAAAUCAACGAUAGGCUUCAAGAAUGUAGUCAAAUUGCUUUGGCUGAGAUUGCCACACAGUUAAAUGUUGGUUCGGAAAUGGUCACCUCUGUGUUAGAACCGUGCCUUGGGACUUUGGUGAAAGGUAGGCUUGAAGGUGGGCAAUUGUAUACGCCUGCAUAUGUUGCUCGUGUUAGCGCCAUGGUUCGUGGCUCUGCAAGGGGUAUUACAGUCCCAGCCAAUUUGUCUGCGUUGUGGAGCUCACUGCAACAACAACUGCAUGAAAUGGAUGGAGCCAGUGGUGUGGCCAUUGACGGUUCAUUUUUCCAAUCCCUAUUUAAUGGGAUUGUGAAGGAAGGCGAGGUUUUGGGAUCGCUACGUGCAGGAGUUCAUUGGACACCUAAUAACUUUGUCGACUGUCCAUCGGAGCCUUCUAGGAGCCAAAACGAUGACGCCAUUGCGGGUGAGGACAAAAUCUUGUCCUUUGCGAAGAUUCUCACGCUGUCUGAUGCGAACAACGGUAGCAAAUUCUCUGUCCCAAGGUUCUAUGCCGAUUCAAUCUUUCCUCCGCUGAACUACCAGGCCGAGCCGCUGGUGCAGACCUUGUUGGUCAACGACGUUCACGACGUGAUCUACUUGUGA